GUUGUUGCACGGGCAGUGGAGCAGCAGUAACCGAUCCCAGCUGCCGCCGUGGGGGGAAUAAGAGCUAUUCCCGUCCCCCUUGGGUUGGUCACGUGUCCUUGGGGAGCGUUUAGAUUUGGCACCACGUUCCGAGAAGAGGGAAGCGCACCGUUGCGCACAUCCGAGUUGGACAGCAACAUCUUAAGCACGCGUUAAUGGUCCGGCGGCGAAUCAAGAAGAUCAGUUUUGUUUAGGGGCGUAGUCAUAAUCACUCCACCGUGGUGUGUGAAACCAAUUCCCUCAGCACAGACACAACGUGUGUGAUCCAUCUGUCUCUCACUCGUCCAAACUUCUGCGCUUUCCAACUGUGAUCCUUACUGCGAGCUGCACGUUGUUGCCCGCCACUGCUACAAGUCGACGACCAGAGCUGUCACGGUGAACUGAGCCCAGUGUCGUCCACAGUGGAACUGUUCAAUCGCUAACUAGGCUGCCUCCAAGCCCACAGGUAAUUGGCCAGCUUUCGUGGGUUUUGAUGUCACCUCUAGAUUGGUUUCACUGAAGAUGGAAACACUGGAGUCUGAGCUGACCUGCCCGAUCUGCCUGGAGUUGUUUGAAGAUCCCCUGCUCUUGCCCUGUGCCCACAGCCUGUGCUUUAACUGCGCCCACCGCAUCCUGGUGUCUCACUGCUCCACCAGCAAGCCCCUCGAGUCCAUAUCGGCCUUUCAGUGCCCCACCUGUCGUUACGUCAUCACGCUGAAUCACCGCGGCCUGGAGGGCCUUAAGCGCAAUGUGACGCUGCAGAACAUCAUUGACCGCUUUCAAAAGGCCUCCCUUAGCGGCCCCAAUUCUCCGACCGAGAGCCGGCGCCUGCAGCCGCCGCAGCGUCCCUACACCGCCACCAUUAGCGGGACAAUAGCUGGAACGAUUGGCGGCGGUGGUGGUGGCACAAGUGGAAGCAGCGCCCGCAGCAGCCCGGCCACUUCCAGCCACUCCCACCCACACGCCAACCACACCAAUCACACUAAUCACGCCAACCACACCAACGCUAACCACAGCCCGGCUGUUGUUGCGAAAAUGGAUCCACGCAUCAGCUGCCAGUUCUGUGAGCAGGAUCCACCGCGUGAGGCCGUGAAGACGUGUGUCACAUGUGAGGUGUCGUACUGCGACCGCUGCCUCCGUGCAACGCACCCCAACAAGAAGCCGUUCACCAGCCAUCGCCUGGUGGAGCCAGUGCCGGACACCCACAUCCGUGGCCUGACCUGCCUGGAGCACGAGAACGAGAAGGUCAACAUGUACUGCUUGGUGGACGACCAGCUCAUUUGUGCCCUCUGCAAGCUGGUGGGGCGCCACCGAGAGCACCAGGUGUCCUCGCUCACCGAGCGCUUUGAUAAGCUCAAGGCUUAUCAGGUGAGCCCGGGCAGAGUGUCAGAUGCGGUAAUGGAGGCUUCAAAGACAAGCGCUGCGCAAACCCUGGAGAACAACCUGACCAACCUGGUGAAGAGGAACAGCGAGCUGGAGAACCAAAUGGCAAAGCUCAUCCAGAUCUGUCAACAGGUUGAGGUGAACACAGCCAUGCAUGAGGCCAAGCUGGUGGAGGAGUGUGAUGAGCUUGUGGAGAUCAUCCGCCAGAGAAAACAGGUCAUUGCCGUGAAGAUCAAAGAAUCUAAGGUGAUGAAACUGCGUAAAUUGGCACAGCAGAUUGCAAACUGUCGCCAGUGUCUGGAGCGCUCCAGUGCCCUCAUCACACAGGCCGAACAGAGCCUGAAGGAGAACGACCAUGCCCGCUUCCUCCAGACCGCUCGAAAUGUAGCAGAAAGGGUUGCCAUGGCGACGGCCUCCUCCCAGGUACUCAUCCCUGACGUCAACCUGAACGAAGCGUUUGACAACUUUGCCCUGGACUUUUCCCGAGAGAAGAAGAUCCUGGAAGGACUUGAUUACCUAACAGCUCCCAACCCACCAUCCAUAAGAGACGAGCUGUGCACCGCCUCUCAUGACACCAUCACCGUUCACUGGACGUCCGAGGACGAGUUCAGCGUCACCUCCUACGAGCUGCAGUACACCAUUUACACUGGGCAGACAAAUUUCAUCAGUUUGUACAACUCUGCAGACAGCUGGAUGAUCGUACCUAACAUCAAGCAGAACCACUACACUGUCCACGGCUUGCAGAGUGGUACCCGUUACAUCUUCUUUGUCAAGGCUAUCAACCAGGCAGGAAGCCGCAACAGUGAGCCAGCCCGCCUCAAAACCAACAGUCAACCCUUCAAGUUGGACCCAAAGACAGCCCACAAGAAACUGCGUCUGUCCAAUGACUGUCUGACAAUGGAGAAGGACGAGAGCUCGCUGAAAAAGAGCCAUACCCCGGAGCGCUUCAGCGGCACGGGCUCAUACGGGGCAGCGGGUAAUGUCUUCAUUGACAGCGGGUGCCACUACUGGGAGGUGCUGCUUGGAGCGUCCACAUGGUAUGCCAUCGGCGUAGCUUACAAAUCAGCCCCAAAAAACGAGUGGAGCGGCAAAAACUCAUCCUCAUGGGUGUUCUCUCGCUGCAACAACAACUUUAUGGUGCGCCACGAUGGCAAGGAGAUGCUGGUGGAGGCAAGCCUACAGCUGAGGCGGCUGGGUGUCCUGCUGGACUACGACAACAAUUCACUGUCCUUCCAUGAUGCCAUGAACUCCCAGCACAUUCACACCUUUGAAGUCUCCUUCCUCCUGCCUGUUGUUCCUUCUUUCAUGAUCUGGAAUAAGUCAGUCAUGAUUCUCUCAGGGCUACCUGUUCCCGACUUUGUUGAUGGUUUGGCCUCCGAUCUUCAAGAGCAGCAACAGCAGCAGAUGGGCCUUUGCCGACAAGAGUCACCAUACUUGACUGGGAUGAAGACCUGCCACUGAGAAAAGCCCAUGAAUGGCCGAGCAGAGUCCACUCAGGCCUAGGGACAUUGACAGUGUUCUGCUGUAUCCUCUGCAUUAAUAGAGGACCAGUUACUUUCUUAUGAGUUAAGAAAGUGUUGGAGAUAUGCACACCAGUCUGGAAAAAUGUCAGUCCUGUUAGUUUGUUGCUAUCCAAAGCUUUGCAGAUCCAUCAGUAAAUAGGAACGAGGUAUCUUGACUACAAAUGACAUUAGACAUAACAUUCACAAGAUGCCCUGGAGUCAGUGAGGGCAGGGAUGGACACCUGGGUUUAUGACCAUUUAAGGUCUGCCUUUCUGAUCUAUCUUCCACCCGAUUCGACCCUAGGCAGAUGAUCAAGGAGGGACUGUUAACAUCAGUCAUUUAGAGUUUGAAGUUACAACAUGUGAAUAGUGAAAUAAUAUGUCCUAUGCAGUAAAUUCCAAAAAAGGACGCUCAACAAUGCAGAGGUAAAAUAAAUGGUGAUUCUUCCUCUGACUACAGAUAUUAAAUCUUUAUUCAAAAUGUACAUGUUUGUUUCUUAACAAAGAGAUGUAGCAUGUCCUGUGAACUAUAUUUGACAAAAAGCAACAUUUACUUUUAAACAAAUUAGUGGCUUUAGGAGUCGUUUGAAGUUUUCUUGCUGAGAGUUAGAUCAUAAGAUCACUACCACUCACAUGUGUAUACAAAAUAUGAAGCUAGACCUUGCAGUUUAGCAUAGCGAAAAGUUUACAAAAAUUAAACACAUUUCAUAUAAUAUGUUCAUUCCCAAGCUUUAGACAUGCUUCAUAUUUAGCAUGAGUGGUAUUAUCUUACUUUCCACAAGAAAGCAUACAAACAUUUGUCUGAAGCAUUUCUUCCUUUAGAUGUUGAUGUGCCAUUUUGAGUCAACUUUAUUGUGUGAAGUACACGCUACCAUCAUGCUAGCACAACUACAAGCUAGCUGGGCACGUUUUGUGAUAUACCGCAUCACUGUUCAUGUGUUGUACCAUUAGUAGCUUUAAGUGGUCAUUGCUUUAGUCUCUUCCUUGAUCUUCCUCCUAUAUUUGACACACAGUCUUGUUUAUGUUGCCCGCUGUAGCUUCGCAAGUUUCAGGAUGAAUUAACGUUGUUCCCAGAUACUGAUAUGAUUACAGGGGGCAGAUUUGCAUCAUGUGACUACUCAUCUUGUAAAAUAAGAGGUUUAUUGAAUAUAAGAGAAAAAAAGUGUUAUUUAUGACAAAAAAGAUGAUUUACUUUAUAUCAGCAUAUUCAUGAUGCACUUUUUCAUUGGCACUAUUUCCCCUCUAUGAGUGUUAUGUAGAUGGAGCUGCGUGACAGGGAUUUAAUGGGGAGGGAAAGUGACAACUUUCACAGCGGCUGUUUGUGUUCACUCUGAAAACAUGAACAUCAAUUUUUUUUCAUUUAAUUUCAUAUUUAAAAUAUAUAUAUAUUUAUGAUCAAGAAUUAUUGAUGGUUAUCGGAUAUUACCCAUAAAUAAGUGUAUUCUAAUAAAACACUUAACAAAAUAUUAUUUUGAUGUAAUAACACCUUACCUUGAUGUCAUUAAACAGAAGCCCCUUAAAGGUUUUUUCACUGUGCUUUGAACACUUUAAACACAACCUGUGACUUUUCCUCCCCAUGGUUCUUUUGGAUAGCAUAUACUAACUUUAUCUUGUUUAGAAAAGGGAUAUGAUUAUGGUGAUGUUUAUGCUUUUUUAUCAUGAUGAAAUGAUAAACUAAUAGCUGUUUUAAAAAAUAUUUUGGACUAUUCAGGGAAGGAGGGGGUUAACACUUAACUUGCUGUCUGUCGCAAUGUCAUGGCAUGAUUGUGUUUUCCUCUGUGAUUUGUUAACACACACAUGCACAUACACACACAAACCUACACAUGUCAUGUUUCGUUUAGGUUGGCCUUGUCGUGAUAAAUGCAUGAAACAUUGUAGGAUCCUACACCGCUUCACCGGGUAACUUAAGUAGCUUCAAGUCCACUAAAUCUUGUUUUUCAUCAGUCAUGACUCUCAUUCGCUUACAACAGACUUGACCUUUUUGGUUAUUUUUCACUUUUCAAGUAACAGCUGAAGUUGGGUACAUUGUUUACUUUUUAUUUGGAUUUAAAGCUAUAGUGUGGGUUCUUUCUGGCUUGGCAUUCAGGUAGUGGCUCUGGUUCAGACAAUCAAAUGUGUAUCACAGUUUAUGCAGAUUUAAGUGAUUGUGAAACAGGAUUGAGACCAUUGGGAUUGGAUUGGGAAAAGCAGGUGUUUUACGUAUUUUACUCGCAUCUCCAAGAUUUGACACCUCCUGGCCAUUUCCACUCUUUUCCACAUCACUACAUACAUACAGUUUUAAGUCAUGUUACAUUUGUAUUGACAGAAUGUGAUUUGCUCGACUCAAAAACAGGCAAACACACUGUUUUCAAUCAUAUGCUAGUUACCAUAUGAUACAUUAAAGCAAAGACCCAGUGAUGUAAAACUCACAGCAACAGAAAAGUAGUGAAAAUCGGACAUGUCACAUAGCUUUUAUGCUGCAGUGGUCAUUUAAGGGAACUAUGUGAUGACUGUUAUGGAGGUAUUGAUUUUAUAAGCGCUACAGGCAACAGAGAUAAUCCACUGGUCAAAGGCAGGAGGAGCUCCAAUAUAAGAAGAGAGUUAUUUUUUCCUGUCAGGGAGAUAAGUAGAUGUUACCUGACUUCCAGAUAUCCACCCAUUGUGUUGAAUAAUGUCGGUCACAGGCUCGAAACGGCCAAAUUUUAUUUUGUGAUCCAGACAAGCUCAACUCAUCUGUGCAAACGUGUUUGGCUGGGUCACUGCAUGAUUAUGUGACCUUGCUGCAGGUUCAUAAAUCUUUCCUUAUCUUCAUGAUUGGGUUUCUUAUCUUGCGUACAGCCUACGUUCUUUUAUUUUCUCCAAAAAAUAACCCAUGACAAGAACACCGAAACGAAAUGUUCAUUACCAUGCAUAUCAGAUAUUUUGCAGUGCUCUUUCUUUCUUUGUGUCACAAGUCAAUACAGUAAAAAAUAUAUACGGUGAAUGAUUUUCAAUAGCUACCCACUCCUUGUAGUGCAGUGUAAUACCCUAGAGACAAUGCAAUAGAUUCUCCUUUUUGCUUUUUGUCUGUGUAACUUGGGAAAUUAUUUUUUACAACUCAUGAGAAACAUGCUCCUCUCCUUUUGGCACUUGGACCUUGAUAAACAGCACAAAAAGAGCAGUGUUGCAUUUAUGCAAGGCUGUCUGUUUCCGUAGAUAUGAGAGAUACCUUUAGCCAGAGAGGAAUGUAAAUCAUAGGGGGAAAUAUAUAUUAUAUAAAGUUGUAUAAUAUACAAAAUAUAUAUGAACCAAUGUUAUUUAUGUGAAUUUAAGUCCAAUUAAAAGUCUGAUCCCAAA